UUUACGUCAUUACAUUUUUCUCAAGCCUCUUGCCUAUUUCGUCUCGUUAUUUCGCCGCACCACCGGCGAGAGCUGGAAGAAGCAAUGGAUCCCAGCGGCGGAGGCCGGGCGGAGGCGGAGAGGUGGAUGGUGAUCGCAGAGAAGCUCCUCGCCGCCCGUGACCUCGUCGGAAGCAAGCGUUUUGCGGAGCGGGCGAUGGAGGCAGACCCCCUCGUCGACGGCGUCGACCAGAUCCUCGCCGUCGCAGACGUCCUCCUCGCCUCCCAGCUUCGCGUCAACAACCACGUCGACUGGUACGCGGUCCUCCAGCUUCCCUCCUCCCCCGACGGCCGCGACCCCUCCGCCGUCAAGCUCGCCUACCGCCGCCUCGCCCUCCUCCUCCAUCCCGACCGCAACCGCGCCCCCGGCGCCGACGCCGCCUUCCACCUCGUCUCCGACGCCUGGUCUGUCCUCUCCGACCCUUCCAAGAAGUCCCUUUUCGACGCGGAGCUCCACAUCGCCGCCUCCGCCGCCUCCAAACCCUCCCCCUUCUCCUCCUCCGCCGCCGACGCCACCUUCUGGACCGCCUGCACCUUCUGCUGCUAUGUGCACCAAUACGCGCGCGCCUACCUCAACCGCUCCCUCCGCUGCCCGACCUGCCGUCGGGGGUUCACCGCCGCCGAGAUCGCCGUUCCACCGCCCAUCGUCCCCGGCACCAACAUGUACUACUGCUCAUGGGGCUUCGUUCCCCUAGGUUUUCCCGGUGGGCCGGGCUUUGGCGGCGCCCCGGAUCUCAACAGCGCCAGCGGGUGGAAGCCCUUCUAUCCGCUGUUCCCCUGCUCGGGAAACCACCCCUCGCAGCCGCCUCCCAACAACCCAAAUGGGCACGGCCAGCCACCGGAGGAUAGCGGGAAGAAGGACAACGUGGCCCCGGCCGCGAGGAACAAAAAGAAGAUGGCAAGGAAGAAGGUCGGCGGCGGCGUAAAGAAGAGGACUUGGGCUGCAGAUGGUGAGCGAAAGGGUGGCACUGGGAGCGAGCCGAGGACCUCUGGCCCUGAGGCAUGGGAGGGAAGCGGGGCAAAAGCCGCCACCACCGAUGUUAACGAACAAGUGGUGUUCAGGGGCAUUAACAUUAACGAAGCAGCCAAGGGAUCGGACAGUGGCGCUGGUGUUGUGGUGGAUGGAGGGGACCCGAUGAGCUUCCACAUCGAUAUGGAUGCUACUGAUGAGCUUCUGGGUAAUCUCCAAAGCCUUCCCUUCUUGAAAGUGGAAGAGAUUCCAAUGCAUUUGCCGUAAUAGCUGUUGUUGCACCACGGCGCAAACGCAUGGGUCAGAGUUUAUGGUAUCUAUGCCUGCCGGGUUGGAAAUGUUGUACCGGAGACUGACCCUUAACUACAUCCUCGAAUGUAUAAUAAUUAUGACCGUGUAAUUUUCUUUCUAAAAAGUCAUCUCCCUUGGUCUUUCAAGUUUUAGGUCAGCGCUUCUCAAGGUUGGAUGGCAGAGCAUACUGGUUGCUUAGGUGGGAAAAUGUGCAGUCGUUGGUUCUGCUGGUUUGGCUGUAGGGAUAUUUCUUUUGCAACUUGGUACUACUUCUUCCUUCUUGCAGCAAUAAACUUGGGGACUCAUAAAUGUAUGCUUGAAGUUUUAAAUUCUCUGCUUUACUUGAUUUUAUUAUAUUUGUCGGUUCAAUUGUUGUGAAUUUGAUAGCAAUUAAGAAUGAUUUGCUUCUCUUAGGUUGGUGGUAUUUAGAUAUCUUGCGUCCUUGUAACUACUGGAUUUGUGGCUUGUUGCUUGCUUUAUAUUACAUUGUAACGUUGGUGAUAGAUUUAUAUUGGGCUAAGAGAAUGUUUAGUAUUGCAAA